CACCCCUUUUCUUGCUUUCUCUUCAUCUCUCUCAUUCACUCUUUAGCACACGGACCACGCACCUCCCCCCGCUCGCUCCCUCUCUCCCCAACUCUCUUCAUCGUCGUAUUCGACACUCUCCAACUCGCCACCUCGCUGUCCUUGACACUCUUUUCUUCUGACACGCUCUCUCAGCAACGUCUGUAUCUGUCCAUCUCUCAACCUCCUUACCUACUACUACCUUCCAUAACUCAAAUCAACAAUGAUUGCCUCGUACGCCCUUGCUGCUCUCCUCCCCCUCGUCUCGGCUAAGUGGGCCGCCUACACCAUCUCGCCCGCCGCCUUCCCCGACCUCUGUGUCGUCUCGAGCGGUGCCGACAACGGUGCCAACCUCGUUCUCGGCAAGUGCGAGUCCGAGGCUGCCGUCUGGAAGUACUCGGACGUGAACGGCAAGAUCAAGAACGGCAAGUCGUGCAUGGACGUCCGUGACGGUGUCGAGAUCGACGGCACCCUCGCCCAGACCUGGGACUGCGCUGUCUGCAACGACCACCAGUCGUUUGACUUCGUCUCCCCCUCGAACAACUCGAUCUUCCAGGUUCAGUGGACUUUCGCCGACUACUGCCUUGACCUUCACGAGGGCAAGGGUGUCGAGGGUGCCACCAUCCAGCUCUGGAAGUGCAUCGAGUACAACGACAACCAAAAGUGGAUCGUCGACUCGGUCAACGCGACCGCCGCCCCCGCUGCUCCCUCGGGCAACGCCACCGCCACCGAGUCGGCUGGCAACUCGACCGAGACCGUCGUCGCCGCUCGCCGCGCCCACCAGAAGCGUCGCCCCGCUCACUAAACGCUGG